CUGGCGCAUGCGUGAGGCGCUGACAUCUGCCGCCGGGUCGCUCGUGUACUAGUUAUAGCGCUACUGUACUAGUUAUAGCGCUACUGUACUAGUUAUAGCGCUACUGUACUAGUUAUAGCGCUACUGUACUAGUUAUAGCGCCAGUGUACUAGUUAUUGCGCUAGUGUACUAGUUAUAGCGCUACUGUACUAGUUAUAGCGCUAGUGUACUAGUUAUUGCGCUAGUGUACUAGUUAUAGCCCUACUGUACUAGUUACAGCGCUACUGUACUAGUUAUAGCGCCAGUGUACUAGUUAUAGCGCUAGUGUACUAGUUAUAGCCCUACUGUACUAGUUAUAGCGCUACUGUACUAGUUACAGCGCUACUGUACUAGUUAUAGCGCCAGUGUACUAGUUAUUGCGCUAGUGUACUAGUUAUAGCCCUACUGUACUAGUUACAGCGCUACUGUACUAGUUAUAGCGCUAGUGUACUAAUUUUAGCUCUAGUGUACUAGUUAUAGCGCUAAUUCACUAGUUACAGCACCAGUGUACUAAUUAUAGCGCUAGUUUAUUAGUUAUUGCGCCAGUGUACUAGUUAUAGCGCCACUGCACUAGUUAUAGCGCCAGUGUACUAGUUACAACGCUAGUGUCCUAGGUACAGUGCUAGUGUACUGGUUACAGCGCUAGUCAGUGCAGGUGGAGAUGACGGAACCUGAGUCGAACCCCCAGCUGGAUCUGCACGAAGGCGAGGAGAUCGUGGAGGUGAUCGAGCUGAGCGGGAAUGAGGAAGCGGCAGGUGACGCGACCGGCGAGGUGGAGGAGGGGGAGGAUGAGGGCCGGUGGGAGAUGGAGGAUGAGGAAUGUAUGGAGGUGGUUCAGGAUGACAGCGAUCUCACUUUCACCAGACACACAAAGGCUGUAUUCUGCUUGAGUUUGGACCACAAGAGCAACACUCUGGUCGUGUCGGGGGGUGAGGAUGACAUGGCGUAUGUGUGGAGGCUGACUGACGGAGACGUGUUGCUGGAGUGUACAGGCCACAAGGACUCUGUCAUCUCCACUUCCUUCAGUCACGAUUCAACGUUGGUUGUAACGGGAGACAUGAGCGGCUUAAUCAAAGUCUGGGAUGUUGAAAGCAAGCAGCAAAUCUGGUCCUUCGAAGUGGGCGACCUGCAGUGGGUCGAGUGGCAUCCCUGUACCCAUGUACUGCUAGCGGGCACGGACGAGGGCAGCUGCUGGAUGUGGAAAGUGCCCAGCGGUGAAUGCAAAACGUUACCAGGCACCGGGUGCCAAGCCACCUGUGGCAAGUUCCUGGCUGAUGGGAAACGAGCGGUCGUCGGAUACGAGGACGGAACGCUGAGGGUCUGGGACCUGAAGCAAGGAUCGCCACUUCACGUGGUCAAAGGUCAGGAUAGUCACCAGGGACCUCUGACCUGCAUCACUGCCAACGCCAGUGGAAGCCUGGUGCUGACGGGUUCUGUCGACUGUACGGCCAAGCUCAUCAACCCACUCACAGGCAAGGUGGUCGGCGUCCUUUCAGUUCCCAAGAGCAUCAAUGAUCACGUGGAGAAAGAACAAAUGGAUGAAACAGAAGCUAACUCCAACUCCGUGGAGUCUGUGGGAUUCUGCAACGCACUUCCGCUCGCUGCCGUUGGCUACUUGGACGGUACCAUCGGGAUCUGGGACAUCCCGUCACAAACACUUCGACACAAAUGGCAGCUUCAGGCGGGUAUCGUGCAGUUGGUGUGGGAGGAGCACUCAGCCAUCGUCUACACGGGUAGUCUAGACGGGGUGGUGCGCGUCUGGGACGCCAGGACUGGGCGGAUGGAGAGCGAGUGUCGUGGACACGCAGCGGAGAUCCUGGACUUUGUGGUGAACAGGGACGCCUCUGUGAUCGUCAGCGCUUCAGGUGACCGGACAGCCAAGGUGUUUUGCCUCCAGCGGCCAGAUCGGUAGUCAGCGUGACUCGUCCCCUUCACACCCCACGCACAGAUACUGUUGCAGCAGCAGCCCUGGGGCAGCUGAUCAAUGCCGGGACAAAGGGCACGAUGGCCCUUCCUCACUGACUUAUCAAAGAAAAAUAAAAUGCUUCAUUUUU